UCGGGCGUUUUUGUUAACCGUGCCGCGCUUGCAGUGCUCGUUAUCUGUGAUUUGUUCGAAACUGAGCGCUCCUCUGAUGUACACAUUUUGUGUUUUUCAAUUCUAAACGACUAGUGUGCAUUCCUCGUUGAAAAUAACGUAUCAAAGAACAACCGAAGGUGUCGAAAUCAGUGCAAGUGUACGCGUGCUACUCUGUUGGGCCACCAAACCGCUGGUUGCUUGUGCGUUCUAUUUGAAGGUGUGUAUGUGUUUUAACGGGAUGGCCCCGGCAAACAAGCGGCAAGCGCCAUGUUUUGACAAAGGCAUUGUGAUACCGAGGUCUCAGUCGAUCAGAGAACCGCGUGCGUGAGUGAUCUAGUUGUUUCACAUGGUGCCCCUAUGGUUUGAUGUGUAUAAAUUAAAGCAAGACGAACGGCCAAACAAACUAAGGCAUACCCUACAGCCCGUGUGUCACAGGGCAUUAAAUAAUUGCCACUCAAAACGCGUCUUAUGGUAGCGAUAUCCUUGCAUUCACCGUUGCUCUUGUACGUUACAACCUGAUUGAUUGUGCUGCAAUACAGUGUCGGCCUUUAAUCGGCCAGUGUUCAAUUUAACCUGAAAAAUUAUUUGGCAAUUAUGAUCAUACAGUAGAAGACAUCGGCUAGUUAAGUUGGGAAGGGAAAAAGUAUCAGCAGAUUACAGUGUCUAAGACUUGUAUGAGUGACAUUCGGUAUUUGAUCGACGGCAAAGAAUCGAUCAUCCAGAUCGAAACGAAAGCAAAUUGGAUGUAACCUUAACGAACUGGAACUCCAUCAUCAUCACCACCAUCACCACCACUACUAGAAGGAACAGACCACGCAUCUAAUCUGAUGUACCUACGACGACGCGUACAAUAUACUAGAAGGCAUCUAGAAGCUACUGCGCGCGAGGCUUCAACUAGUUUUAUUACCGAUUUGCAUUAAAAUAGCUAUGCGUAACGUAACCGAUUUGCAUUAAAUAGCUAUGCGUAUCGUUGAUAACAUCUAAAGAAUUUUAUUAAAACCCUGCAAAGCCGCGCAGGUAUCGCAGCUAAUACAGCCGCCUACCAUUCUCCAAAGGAGUUGGACGUUGUUAGAUCACCACACCAAGUGGCAGAGCUUCCGGCAGUACAAUUAGGAGACAUAGAUUGUGGGCACUGUGUCUACAUCCCGCACAUUCGCCAUGCACGUGAUCGUGCUAAAAUAUGUCCAGGUCCUGUGUAUAACGAUAUUUUUCUCCAACAACGUCAAUUGUGAUAAGUUGCUGCUGCAUAACGAGCGGGAAGAUCAGGACCUUUACCGGAUCGGUGCGUGCACCGCCGCCUGUAUGACGGUUACCGUCGAUACAACCGCCGAAACAGCAGAGGAUGAACCCAAGCUAAAGAAUCUCGAACAAUGCUACCGGCAGUGCUCCGAGGAUACUCGUCCAGUGUCUGCUUGGAAACCAUUGACGCAACGGCACGACUCGUCGUUACGCAUCCAUCUCAUUUGCCGGGAUAACACGAACCUAAUCAUUCAGGUACAGCAUGAUACCACGAACGGCAAUGAUCAUCGGUUACCGGUUGGUCACCGAACUAGCCGUAUCGAUAAAUCCAGCAAGUCUAGCAAGACCAGCGAUGGCGAAAGAAAUCAAUUAAACGGACUUCCGGGAAUGUAUGACGGUGCUAGUCUGACGGGACCAUCAUUCGGCUCGAUGUCAUCGUCCGUAGCACCGGUAGCAUUGGGAAAUCAUGGUCGUCCGAGACGUGCCAUCGGCUCAAACGUUAUCCCAUUGUCCGUUCUACACAUUAACCAUACAGCGGAAGUCCGUCAAAAUGAUGAGUCUGCGUCUCCUCUACCCAUCUAUCUGGUGAAAGUGCAGGAAAGUGAAAAGGAGCUCGGUGAUCGGAUUGUCUACAUGAGUAAUGCCUCACUGGUGAAAAUCGAAAACCUGAAUCCUAACAAACGCUACAACAUAACGGCCACGGUGCUGACCUCGGAGUACGAGUAUUUCUACGUGGAAAAGGUUCAAUUCCGCACGCUCCCGGUCGAUUAUUUGCCGGGUACUAUCAUGGACGUGAAAGUGGAAAAGUUUUCUACUAACGCCAAAAAAAAGCAACUGGUCGAUGCCGUCAUUACGUGGCGUCCAGCCACAGAUAAAACGUGCCACUACGAAAUCCUCUGCCAUCCGACGCAUACCAGCGAAUUUCAUCAUGAAGCGGUGGACGUUCAGCAGCCAGAAGUUUUGUAUAAAUACACGAUGAAGCAGCUAGAUCUAAACGCAAACUACAUGGUGGCGAUCCGAUCGAAGAACACACAAAACUCACAACGUGAAAGUCAACUCCACUGGCACUCCUUCUACACUCCCAGCUGCGCGGUACAGCAGAAUGGAUCGCAAAUUUGUGCUGCUGAACCGAUAGAGAAUCUGCGCGCCAUGGAGACGCUGUUGUCCGGUGAUCAUUACAAGAUCAACAUUACAUGGGACCGCCCCAGCAUAACGCCCGACUACUAUAUGGUCCGGGUGUUCGAUCUGCACGGUUCCCCCCUUGAUAAUACAUCUAAUUCUCUCUCUAAGAACGUCAGUGGAAAAGCGCUUGGACUGGUAGUGGAUUCGUUCGAAAUGUUCGGUCCCCAUUUUGAGGUGAACGUAGUGGCGUACUCCAGCGGAGGUACAUCAUCGGAAAACGUAAUCAAACCUCUAGCCAUCAAACGUGUUACCCCGGACUCUUGGAUCUGGACGAAGCUGGUUUUCAUCAUUCUGUCGCCGGUACUGAUGAUCGGAUUAUUGAAGAUAUCCGUCUCGCUGGUGUGUCGUCGGCGAGCAAAACUGAAGCGGAACGUUGAGCGGUGCGAAUACUUCAAGGAUCUAGAACAAAAAGCACCGGUCGAUCCGAGUACCGAGUUCGAGACGAAAGCUAAAAACAUACAAGACCUGCUGUCCAACAGUCCGUUUCCCCCCGAGCUGAUGGUACCGAUCAAUGAUGAGCUAGAGAUCGACGGGGAGCAUUUGAUUCUGCACGAUCUUCUCGGCGAAGGAGCGUUCGGUUUGGUGCGAAAAGGUAUUCUGCAUCCUCCGGAGCAAUCCCCACGCCAAGUCGCAGUGAAAAUGUUGAAAGAGUGUCCCCGGGUGGAGGACAUUAUCGAGUUUAGACGCGAAAUGGAGGUCAUGAAAUCGGUCGGUACGCAUCCGCACAUUGUCAGCAUCAUUGGCCACUGUACGAAGAACGUACGCAAGAUGAUGCUGCUGACGGAGUACUGUGGUCACGGUAAUCUGCUCAACUAUUUACGAUUCCAGUGGCAAAGGCUUCUGAAGCUGAAUCGCUCUCAACGGACGGUUAGCCGCACUUCUACGGUACCUGCGGGGCUCGAUAGAAUGGAUACUAUGCCAGCGUUGGCAGGCGAAUGCUUAACGCCUGCCCUCGGUAGUGGCAAGAAGCCGGAGAAUGUAUUCAACUUCGACACUUCGUUCGUGAACGAUAAGAAAUCCAUGACCUAUAAGAACCUCUCCGAUGAGCAGCUUCGAAAACCCAAUGGCAAGCGACCACAAAUCUUUGAGAACAAACUGUACCCUCUACUAAAUGACGACGAUGACGACAUCGAAGAAGCUGAGGACCCCGUAGAAAGGCAACGGUUCUGUACGAACGCGUGUAAGAACGUGGUGGAAAUUAUGGACGCGCACGCGGUCACCGACGACUUGGCGGAUGUGGAGGGGAUGGAAAUGAAGGGCCAUGUGAAAAUUAAACCCUGUUCUUGCCAGUCUGUCGCAAGGGAAAUAGGGCGAGAAUCGACAACACAAAAUUCUGUCGAAAACCGUUGCUAUCACCGAUGUCCUGAAAAAGAGGAGAGCGGACGACAGGAUAUUAUGGAAGAAGAACCAACGCCUACCAGCGAACAGUUGCUGGAGUUUUCGCGGCAAAUCGCCCUAGGGAUGGAAUAUCUCGCACGCAACAAGGUCGUCCAUCGUGAUUUGGCCGCACGAAAUGUGCUCGUCUGUAGCAAUAGUACGGUGAAAAUAGCGGAUUUUGGAUUGAGCCGCGAUAUCUACCAGGAGAACCUGUACAGGAAGACGAGCAACGGUAAGCUGCCGAUUAAGUGGCUUGCACUAGAAUCGAUGACCCACCAGGUGUACACAUCGCAGAGUGAUGUCUGGGCUUACGGGAUACUGUUGUACGAGAUCUGUACCCUCGGUGGUAGCCCCUACCCAUCGAUAUCGACUAACAAACUCCUACGCUACCUAGAAAGUGGCUACCGCAUGGAGCGACCGAAGAGCUGCAGCGAUGAGUUCUACAGUCUGAUGUACUCUUGCUGGAAUCUACAUCCCGGGGAACGGCCAACGUUCACAAAAAUCGUCCACACUAUCGAACAGCUGCAGCAUGGCGCUGGCGAGAUGAAGGAACUAGCUGCACCAAUUAUCGAUCUAAAUGCAAUCGUCGAAUUGCACUGUGCCAAAGGAUCCACCGAAGAAAACUCCUACCUAAAACCGGUCGAGUAUUAAAGGACGAUUGGCCAUUAUUCUGCGCGUUAGCAUGGUGCUGGGGCCAAAUGGAUCGUACCCGACGGAGUGUGAUGGAUGGA